AUGGCUGAUUCAUACUUCUACAAGAAACCAUCGACCUCCGCAGCAGGUAUUUUUUCCAUAUGUUUUGGAUUGGUCACCAUCGCCACCUUGGUCCAGAUCUUCUUAGUGACAAGAAAAGGUAAGGAAAAGAGAGUUUGGGUCCUCUUACCAUUUGUUUUGGGUGGAAUCUUGGAAACUUUGGGAUACAUCGCCAGAAUAUGCUCUAUUAGAAGUCCGACAGUGUUGGGACCAUGGAUUGCCCAGAACCUGUUGAUCUUAGUCGCUCCAGCGUUUUUCACCAUGACUUAUCAUUUGACUAUCAACAGAGUGUUUUCCAUCUUGGAUGCCAGAAAGCACUCUGUUCUUCCCUUGAACUGGCUAGCCAAGGUGUUUGUAAUUGCUGACUUAUUAUGUUUCUUCUUACAGGGUGCUGGUUCCGGAAUGCUUUCGAGAGACACUAAAUCUCAACAGGAUGCGGGAAGAAAAGUUGUUCUUGCUGGCUCUGUCUUGCAAUUGAUAGUGUUUGUCGUUUUCAUUGUGGUGAUUGCCAUUUUCCAGAUUAAGCUCAAAAAGAACAAGACCACUCAAGCUGUGGAUUACAGAUAUCAGCCUACCAAAUGGAGAAAUUGGAAAUCCAUUCUCGUUGUUCUUCACGUGAGCUCUGUCUUUAUGAUACUUCGUUGUUUGCUUCGUAGUUACGAGUAUGCCCAAGGUGAGAACGGCCACAUCUCUCGCUACGAAGGUUACAUGUACGUUUUUGAUGCAACAUUGAUGUUCUUGUCUAUGUUGGCAUUCACAUGGCAAAACCUUGCUGACUACUUCUACUUCAUGAGAUACGAGGCCCGUAAGACUCAGGAUGUUGUUCUUGAGCCUGUUGAAAACUACAGUGACCAGAAGCUGACUUAG